AUGGCGACCACUGACCGGAUGGAGGAUGCCCCUCGUAUUCGCCGGCUGCUUCAAAACGCGAGACCCGCGUUACAUCACUUGGAAGCACAGCUGAAGCGAACGAUCUCUACUCACUCGCGGAUCCCUAUUGCCGCUUCUUCUAGGGGCAAGCCUAUCGGCAAAACAUCAGCUUUUGGCGAGAUUGUGCCUCGAAUGCUUGGGAGGAAAAAAUUCUGUCGGCCUUCUCUAGAUAUGCUAGGCCUUGAGUUUAUUCUUAUCAUCCUCAAUAUGGUAUACGAAGACCACCCGCGGUCAAUGAGAAAUCUCGCACUAGUCAACUCACACUACCAUUACGCAGCGCGGUAUUGCCAGUAUAGAAAUGUCACGUUCUUUUACGCUCCGGCAAUAGAGGAAGAUGAAAAAUAUCUAGACGCCUUAGUUCAGUCGAUUCAGAAAGCUACAGGACUGCGGGAUCUAGAAUGGCAGAACACAACGCUGUACACACCAUCAACCCAGAAUCAGUCACUUGCCCUCCCACCUGUCGUGUCAGUAGGCAUUCCCGAGAAAGUCGUGCUGGCCCUACAGCCUGGUGAAAGCGUCCGACUUCAUGCCAGCAUUAGUUCGCUUGAUCGUGUCGUUGACCCUAUACCGGAUCCUCGGAUGCCCGUGUAUACCGCACCGCUCCUAAAAAGAAGCGGCAGUUUGCAUUCGCUCAACAUGGUCUUCACCUAUAGUGAUGAGGAAAGCUGUAUCCAGUUUACUCAAAUUGCCAAACAGAUUCUCUUGUCCAGCCCAAAUGUUCGAAAGCUUAGCAUCGACUUUGGACCUCAGGGUGAUGGACCUGUCUCAUUUCCCCUACCGGCAAGCUACACCGGGCUCGGAUUUGUUGAUGGUGAACGACCUCCAGCGCUAGAGAGUCUUAAACUUAUCAGGUAUGAAUUCGGUUACAAAAAAGAGGUUGAACCGGGGUACAUCAGUGGCAGCCAUGUUGGCUAUCCCGGGAACGGAAAUGAGUCGGACUACUGGGCUGAGGUUUUCGACUGGUCCAGGCUCAAGCAUCUAAAAAUUAGAAAUGUGGACUUUGCACUCAAACUAGCAUCGAAACUCAUUUCGAUCGAGCAUGUGGCGUUCGACAGACCCCAGGGCAUUGAGAGAGUCUAUCACAAUUCCCAGUUCAGUGCCCUAGGUCUGGGUGGAAUCAUCAGGCAUGGUUCUCAGCUUAGAGUACUUGAAAUUCACCAAAAGGAGACAAGGACUUGGGCCGACGAGACUAUUGAUGCCUCCUCUUUAUUAGCAAUCCAACGGGAGUGUCCUCUCAUAGAGGAACUGGCUCUCGAUAUCAGUCGAAAUGGCGAUUGGCCUUUUAAUGUUCUUGAUGUCCUAGCAGGCUUCCCAAAACUACGGAUUUUGACAAUAUGGUUUGAGAUGGGCCGGGUAGGCCGUGCACCAGAUGAUAUCGUUCGGCCACUAGUGACCUAUCAUGCCGUUGAUGAGCUCUAUCGUCACAUCUGCUUGAUACGCCCACGAACAUUACCGCCCCUGGGCACGCUCAAGGUAUACUGUGGAGGCGGCAAAGGAAUUUCCGGUUGCUCUUUACCAGAACUUGCUUGGGUAGAGAUAAAUAGAUCUGGCUUCGUCUGUCAACUCCUUGAGCGAGGUGAUGAAGCGUCAGAACUUGUGUUCGAUAUAACUUGCCCGGCACUGAGCGACAAGGACAAUUUAGUGCUAUCACAGACGAGGAAACCACAAAAGUUUGGACGGUUCAAUCGAAAGUCCCGUCCCCAAGUACGGUUAAUGACCGAUGUCGAAUUGGCCAUGCUUGGGCCACCUCCCUUUGUGACAUCAUCUACGGCUCAUGAGUCUGUCUGA